UGCGAUACUUGCCCAGCUCUAACAAGGGAAGGUCUCACAUGUCCAGGAGACUCUAUCUGCAGCGCAGUAUCUACACGUCAAAGACAAUGCAGAGAAGCAUACUGCCCUACUGGUACCAUGACUGUCAACGGAGGAGUAGAGGUAACCUCUCUGACCUGCAGUGGGCAGGGCACUUGGGUUGACGCAAUGGGUACCGUGUACACGGCUGCACAGUGCGAGGUUAUGUCUUGUCAGGCCUGCACAACUUUGGGCAAUGCGGACAUACCAUGCCCCAUGGGGCGCAUCUGCGAGGCUCCCCUCGAACGUGUAGGUAAGGAAGGUAAUUCUAUCAAAUCGUUGACAUAUUUUUAG